GAAGGAUUAAGCGGGUGUGUGAAACAGAGUUGGGAAUCAUAUCCCAGUGUUGUCAGCCCAAGCAAGCAAUGAAGUGCAACAAGCAGUAUCUUGAAAAUGUUUCUCUAAAGAUCAAUGUGAAGGCUGGUGGACGGAACACUGUGUUGGCUAAUGCUCUUGAGAAAAAAAUUCCCUUUCUAACUGAUCUACCCACGAUAAUAUUUGGUGCUGAUGUGACUCAUCCUCAACCCGGGGAGGAUUCUAGUCCAUCUAUAGCUGCAGUGGUUGCAUCGAUGGACUGGCCAGAGGCAACUAAAUACAGAGGAUUGGUCUCUGCACAGCCUCACAGGGAGGAAAUUAUACAGGAUCUCUACAAAACUUCUCUGAAUGCUAAGAAUGAGAUAGUUCACGGAGGAAUGAUUAGGGAUAUGUUGAUUUCGUUUCGGCGAUCAACUGGGCAAAAACCUUGUAGAAUCAUAUUUUACAGAGAUGGAGUUAGUGAAGGUCAAUUCAAUCAAGUUCUGUUAUAUGAGAUGGAUGCCAUUAGAAAGGCUUGUGUCUCCUUGGAGGCAGAUUAUUUGCCACGAGUCACCUUUGUGGUGGUGCAGAAGAGACACCACACCCGCCUCUUUCCUGCAGAACAUGGUGAUCGCAAUUCAACAGAUAGGAGUGGCAAUAUUUUACCAGGUACUGUUGUUGAAACAAAGAUUUGCCACCCUACGCAAUUUGAUUUCUAUCUUUGCAGCCAUGCGGGUAUUCAGGGAACAAGCCGGCCUACACACUACCAUGUGCUCUAUGAUGAAAACAAAUUUACUGCGGAUGCCUUGCAAAUGCUGACGAAUAACUUGUGCUACACGUAAUUUCUUGGACCCUUCUAGAUUUUUUCUUCUUGUGAUUUCAAC